UCAUCUGCAAUAACCAAUGCUUUAGUGAGUUUGGCUCAGUCUUCUCUACACAUCUGCCUUUGUUUCUUCCUCCAUAUCCUCUUUUUUUUUUUCCUCUCUUCCUAGUUGUUUCUUUUGGUUUAUCUAGCACACCAAUCCAUAUCAGCAACAAGAGGUUUUGAUCAGUUUGGCUUGUUCUUCUCUACUCUCUCUUCUUCUUUCUUCUGUCCACUCUGCCAUAGAUUCUAUUAUUUCCUAAAUCUUCCAGCCUAAACCCAAUUCCACAGCUAGAGAGUGUUUUCGCAAGUGAAUUUGUAUUACCACUCUUUUUUCUCCUGAUACUUUGACUUUUUCCUCAAAUCUUCCUAAGUCUAGUAUAUUUGGCCCAUGAACAAAGCUUAGUGGCGGAGAGAGUACAUACUAUGGGAAGGAACACUGAAGAACAGGUUGUUUCACUUGCAGGAUCAAAGGAAGGUGAUAAUAAACAUUCCCUCUUUGCUUCUAUACACAAACCACCUGCAGAAAAUAGCAAAACAAGCAGUUUGAUUGUUAAGAAAGCGCGUACCGUGAUACCUGCUCACAUCGUAGCUGAAGCCAUAUCAACAUUGCACGAUCUUGAUCUCAGAUGGUCAGGCCCGAUCACGCCAACAGAAAGGCUAUAUGUUGAACAGUAUGUUUUAGCAAAGUACCCGCAAUAUGCCGGGCUAGUUGAAGGAGAAAAGAUAGAUCUCUCUAGCCUUUGCAUCAAUGAGGAGCCCUCAGAACCCAUGUUUGAUGAUAGGGGGAAGUCCCCAAGAGGUACCUUCAGAGAGCCUUCCACACCCUCUUUUGGAAGCAGGCAUCCUGACUUGGAUAGGAUCCAGUUGGAGCCAUCAAGAUUGCUUGAUAUUCUCACCAAGAAAUCCACCUUUCCUGGAAGUUUUAUCUCAAUCCCCGAAAUCCAAGCUCGGAACAAGGCUUUGAAGCACUGUGGAUUAUCUGAUGAUGACUACCUUGUUCUCUUCACUCCAAGCUACCAGGAUGCCAUGAAGUUAGUUGGGGAGAGCUACCCCUUCAUCAAGGGAAACUUCUACAUGACCAUUAUCGGGGAAGAAGAAGAAGACUGCAUAAGGGAGUUUGCUACUUUCAAGGAAUCCAAAGUCAUAUCAGCACCAGAGACUUGGCUGGAUUUGAGGAUCAAGGGAUCACAGCUUAGUCAUUAUUUUAGGAGGAAGUGUAAACACAGCCCAAAAGGAUUAUUCUCUUAUCCAGUCGAUGUAAAAGGGACUCGUUAUUCAAUGCAUUGGGUUUCAGAAGCCCAUCGGAACUCGUGGCAUGUUCUGCUUGAUGCAACUGCACUGGUUGUAGGGGAGGAUAGGUUGAAUCUCGCACUACACCGGCCAGACUUUGUGUUGUGUAGUCUUGAUAAUACACAUGCUAAUCCUUCAAGGAUCACUUGCCUCUUGGUCAGAAAGAACUCCUUUGACGCUACGACUGCUUCAUCGCAGGCCAAUGAGUGAGAGGAAAGUACUUUGAUGCUAUCACGACUUCAAAUCAGGGCAACGAGUUAAUGAGGUUUGAUCGACAAUGUUUUUAAAUAUGUUUAAACCAGACUAGUAAUAUCAAUACAUUUUAGCAAUAUAUAUGGACAUUAAAUUUUCCUUA